AUGAAGAUAAUAAAAGGUAAGGUUCAAAAAUGGGAAUAUAUAGCAGAAGAAGAUGAAGAUGAUGAAGAAGACAGAUUAAGAAGCGUCUUCGGAGAUGUCGGCAAGUUGCCAGGUGGUAUUUCUAACGGCUACUUUGUGGAUUUUGAGCGAAAAAGUUCAUAUCCUUUCACGCGCUUCUUUGAAGGUGUUUUUCACGAUCCAAUCAAAAUGGUGAUUAGUGGGAUUGGUAAGAUAAUGGAAGGGAGGAGGAAAAUUAUGAAAUCUCAAUCGAAAAUGGAGGUGAUGGGAGCACACGAUCAAGAUGGUGGGCGAUCCGUGACAAAAGUUAUGAAAUCUCAAUUGAAAGAGAAAAUGGAAGUGAUGGGAGCACACGAUCAAGAUGGUGGGCAAUCCGUGUGUGCUGAACCAAUGUUAGCAUAG